AUAUCGCCCCGCUUCGCUUGCUAUUCUUGACGCACACCUCAAAUACUCGGGAAAUACACCGUUGAACGUGUCCCUGUUGAUGUACUCUAAUGGUAAUAUCCAUGAAAAGAACGUCCUGGCUCGCAUCACCAAUCUCGCCCAUCGGUGGUCAAAGCUGGAGAUUCAGGGUCGACAGUACGAGAACUUUCCCCCCGCCUUCCCCGCGCUGCGCACAUUGACUGCUUCAUAUAUUUUUACGGGCGACGUUUACUUUUUUGACGCCCCUUUGCUGAGAACUGUACGGUUGGGUGACAGUGUGGCGCUUCAUUCGUUUGUGCUUCCAUCUCAUAUAACCCACCUCUCACUUUCCCGGUUAUGUGUGGAGGACUUUCCAUGCCUGAAAUUAUAUCCGAGCCUCGUCGAGCUCCAUUUCAAAUCUGUACAUUUCUACGAUGGCGAAACCCCAUUGACGAUUACACAUCCCACUAUACGGUGUCUCUCCGUAUCCGGAAUAUAUCUCCUAUCGUUCCUCAUCUUGCCUGCAUUAGAAGACCUCAGGAUUCAACGCAGUGAAUCCAACUUAUACGUCGUCUCGGCCUUUCUGUCCCAGUCCGGCUGUUCUCUUAAGACCCUUGCAAUUGACGUACCCUGCGACGAUAGGCUAUCAGGCCUCCUGGGCACUCAGCCAUCACUUCAAGGACUUUCAAUAAUGAGUCAUCCACAUUAUCGCAGCUUGGACCUGGUGUAUCGCAGAUUAGCUUGUCCAGAUUUCCUAUCUAAUUUGGAGCGAUUCCGGAUCAUCUAUGCUGAUGACUUAUAUCCUCAGGCAGUUCAUAUGAUCAGAGCGCGAUGGUAUGCGCCUAUCCGGCGUCUUCGAAACUUUGUUGUAGUCGCGGACUCAGUGAAAAGUAGUAGAACCCUUGAAGGUGAUGAUCAAUGAGGGGCUGGAUGUCAAGGUUCUGGGUCUUUCACACGUCAGACGACUGGAGAAUGUUUGGUUGGAUCCACACAUGACGGAAAGUGAGGAUAUCUUGGAGUAACUUAGAGAAUUAUCAUGUGUACAGUAUGUAAUAGUUAUCAUGGCCUCUUACAAG